AUGGCCCCUCCUACUCCCACCUCUAACCCUUUCGCCGCCAUGAGGAACUUUGGUGGUGUGGUGUCGUCUGCUCUUUCCUUCGGUGAUAGGUCUCGCCAAGUUUCCUCUCUUGGCCUCGGCACUCUUUCCCUGGGGGAACCGUCUGGCGCCGCCUCGCCUCCUCGCUCUGCUUCUCCUCCCGCCAGUCCUCCUGCCGGUUCUCCCGCCCGUUCUCCCUCCGCUUCUCCUCCUGCCGCCAGCCCUCGCCGCAGGACGCCCGCCUUUCGUCCUGAUGAUGAUAUGGUGGCGGUUAGUGUAGAGGAUAACAAUGUUGAUAGUCCUGAGUCCGCUCCUGCCCCUCCCCCUGCUCAAAUUGUGGGCCAGAAACGACGCCGUUCCCUCUCCUCUUCUUCUUCUUCCUCUUCUUCUUCUUCCUCUUCUUCUUCCUCUUCCGGGGUUCUCCCCCCCCCCAACGCCAUCGCCGCUGCCGCCGCUGCUGCCGCCGCCCGCUCUGCCGCCGCCGCCGCCGCCGCCGGUCCUGCUGCCGGUCCUGCUGCCGCCCCCCCCGUCGCUGUUCCCCCCCCUUCUCCCAGAGGGGAGCCUUCGCCCAAACGGGUGAAGAGAUCACUGCGGGAAGAAGAGUACUUGUGGGAGAAGAUGAAGUCCGAGCCUGGUCGUUGGAUCGCGGUUGGUGUUGACGAAGCGUGUGAUCGUUGCCGGCCCUCCGUUGUGCUUCAUGCACGUCUGGCCCCUGCUCCUUUCUGUCCCGUUUCCUCUGCCCGGGACAUCCCGCCCCGUCCCUUCGACGCUUCUCCUCUCCCCCCUCCCCAGACUCCAGCGUCUGUCCCCCGUUCGCGGGUACCGUCUUCGUCUCUCCGGUCGGUUCGCCGUACUUCGCCGGACCUCCGCCCGUCGCCUCCGUCGCCGUCGCCCUUCGCUCCUGUGGCCGGCCCAUCACGUCUCCCGGCUGUUCCUCCUUCGUCUUCUCGCCGUCCUUCGGCCUCUGCUCCUUCGGCCUCCCGUCCUUCGGCCUCCCGUCCUUCGGCCUCUCGUCCUUCGGCGCCACGCCCGUCCUCUCCAGUGGUAGCUUCUCCUCCGGCUCACAGCACCCGAAGUCGGCGUCCUUCCGUUCCUCCGGCCGCUUCGGCGGCCCCUCCCGUCACCCCUCCCUCUGCUUCCCAGAAGACACCGAAGUCUUCUUUAAAGAAAUCAAAAGGGAAAUCUAAAGAGAAGGAGGUUGCCUUCGAUGAUGGUGAUGUGGAAGGUGAAGAUACUCAGCGUGCUGGUCCCUCUGCUCCCCGGUUGUCCCUCGUCCACCCUCGUAUCUCCCUGGACGUCCGUAUUCCUGAGGACGAAAAGGAAUUCGCCACUUAUCGUUCUCUCGUCCUCGGUCUCACUACUCAGCUUGAGGCCGCCCGAAAUGAUACAUCUCUCCUGCUUGACUUCUCUUCUCGUCAAGCUAACGCUUUAAACAAUCUUACUGCGGCGUUAGUAGAUGUAGUCAACACUGGGGCUCUGGACGACGAAGCAAGGACAAGGUUAGCGGCCGUCUCUCGCCGAAGCCUUACUGAGAUAGCCGAUGUUCGCCGAAGACUGUUCGACACCCCCUUCCUAGUCACUCCUAUGGCGUAUGAGCCACCACCGUCCCUUGACUGGUUAGGUCGCCGUAGUAAUUCUCGUGUCCCAGCUUCCGCCCAGACUGCUCUCGACCUCCUCAGUCUUCCCUUCGAGUGUCUACGGACCAUACGUUCUCUGUGGAGGACCCCGAGCAUGCAAGCUGCUCGAGAUGUCCAGGACUUCGGUGACUUCUUUGGGGCUAUGAAUCGGGCAUGGAAUGCUUCUCUCUCUACUGCGUUCCCGUCUGAGACUCUCGAUCUACCUUCGGUCAUCGGUAGCCUCCACACCAAUCCCGCGGGACCGAGUAGAUCGAAGGAGAAAGGAAAAGGAAAAGGUAAGGGUAAGAGUAAGGACAAGUGA